ACAUGAACACUUCAUUUUAAGGUGAUGUUACUUUCUAGGGCUGGGCAAAAAAAUUGAUGCUCUCAAAAGCCAUUUUUUUCGUGUUUCUGCAGACAUUGAACACAUCUGUUUGACAUUAAUUUUCUAGACUAGAUGUCAUUCUCUCAUUUACCUUGUCUUUUUCAUAUGUUGUCUCUGCAGGUGCAGAAGCAAAAACAAAUACAAAAAUGACAAAUACAAAAACGACAAAACAAUGGUGACUUGUGAAGGAGAAUCUGUGUGUCUCAAAUGUGGUGAGUAGUUCAGUAAAUUUAGUUUUUGGCCUUUGUUCCCAAAUGGGUCCAUAUGAAAAAGGGGAACAGGAUCAUGAGGGUGACUCGAACUUUUGUGUCUCCAACCACAUGGAAUGUGCUUAAACUACCAUAAUUCUCUAUUUUUAAUGUCAGAUGUGGGAUUCAUAAAGGUUCUUAAAGCCAAUUAUGGGCGGACUGAUUGCAAAACGUGCGCUAGUGGGAAACCAGCUGAUCAGCUCUCAAAUACACGCUGUCUUGCACAGUCAUCUCUCUCCACAAUGUCCGCUCGGUGUGAUGGAACAAAGAGCUGUACUAUUCCUGCAGUAAACUCCGUUUUCUCUGAUCCUUGUUAUGGUACUUCUAAAUACCUGGAUAUGUUGGCGUUUAAUUCUUGUGAACUAAAUGCUUCAAAUUCUGUCUUCUCUGAUCCAUGUCUGGGUGUCCAUACAUAUCUGGAAGUGACAUACAGCUGUAAAUAA